AUGGGCAAUUCUCUGCUCGUGGCUUCGAUGGCCUUUGCCUUGCUGGGCAGCUGCUGGAUGAUGGUGGUUCUUGCCUGGCAGUACCCGUGGCUGCUGCAUUUGCUCUUCUUCGUCGCAUCAACUCUCAGCUUCUUUGGCUUGGCCGCUGCAUGUCUGCUGCUCUACUUCAUUCAGAUGGCUUAUGAGUCUGACGACGGUGCGCUGCAGCUACUGCCUCAAACGGUAGGCAAGCUGCUGAAUGAUUCUCCCUUCGAGAUUGUGGAAAAACUUAGCAGAGCAAUCAUGCGACCGCUGUAUGACUGGAUUCGAGUACUCUUGCUAGUGAACCUGGAGCUCGAUGAGGACACCAGAAAAGAGAUUCUUGAAGAAAUGAGCCCCGAGUUCCGGCGUCGCAUCUUCCAGUAUUCAGUGGGGCAGCUCCUGCCCAAGAGACUUCAGCGAUUCAUUUUAGGUCGAAAUUACAGUCAGGCCCGAACGCCUGAAAACAUGCAGGAUUUGUUCGAGGCCACAAAUGCCCCGCAGAAUUACAAAGGCGAGAUUCGAGUGCGUGGAAAGAGUUUGAGUCGCUCGCAGUCACUCAGCGACCUUUUGGCAUUUCUAAAGACGGUGGACAAUUCACAGGCCUCCUUGAAGCAAUCGUCGGUCAUCGAGAAGAUUUUGGCAAGCAAGGUGGCCGACGGGGCCAUUUGGACAAUGUCACAGGGAGCUGUCCAUCAGUACGAGAGCCAUCUGAGUGGCAGAGUUCGUACUUUCCUUGAAAACGUCAGCAGGAAGCCAGAGAAUCGUCUCUUGCGAGUUCCCUGGGCCGUCGUCAACUGGGAGCUGACUGCCGCCCGCACAGUCCUGAGCACCAUGGUCUCUCUCUUCCGUGAGUCGGAGGAGGAACCGGAGACUUGCAAGAAAGAUACCUGA